AAUUUGUUUUUCCGUCUAAUUUUAUUUGUGAUGCUUUGAAUCGGUCUUGCUAUUUCUCAAUUCUACUUGACGUUCGAGUGGUUCUGUCGCCAUUUCUCAAUUUUUAUUUUGAUUUCUAUUUCACCGGUGAGAUUGCUUUAAUAUUUGGGUAUUUUUGGGUAAAACAUAUUUGGGUCUGCUUUGAAUGAUUUUGUGUAUUAACAGAGGAAGGAAGAGAUAUAGCAUUUGGUAGAUAUCCAUAUUCAAACAUUGUUGGGCUGCUUCCUCAGAAUGAGUAUUUUGCUUCCAAGCCUUCACAUUUUGUUGUUUGUGAUGAUGAUUUGGAAUUUGAAAAUGUGUUCAUUUAUCGAUUAUUGUGUUUCUUUGAGGUGUUUGGUGAUCAAAGCCAUAGCCAAGAUGGUGAAGGUGGUUCGCCAUCCACCGCCCCCAACCCUCUAGCCCAUCGCCGGAGCAAUAGUUUCUCCGAUGGUGGAUUUCUAGUUUUCAUUUUUCUUUUAUAUAUUUUAAUAUUAAAUAUUUAUUCAUGUGGGAAAAGGAAAAAACAAUGCCAGCUGGCUUUUUGGUCCAAGUCAGCGCCAUAUCAUUGCCCAGUCAUCCUUUGUUAAUAGGGUAACAGAGAGAUUGAUAGAAAGACGGUGUUUCCUGACGAUCAUAGUUAACAAGAGGGGUUAUUUGCGGAGUUCAAGUAGUACAGGGCCUGAUUUGCACUGCUUUUAAGUACAUGGACUGACAGGCGACAACAAGUUAAGUAGAGGGGCUGAAUUGCACCUUCUGCCCAUCAUGAUUUGGUAGAAGUCGUCCCACACCAUACAUUUAUUUUCUAUGGUGGAGAGCCCAUCACGAUAUACACGUGGACCACUGAUUCUUUUCUGUAAUAGGAGGACAAAAUAAUUAUUUAUUUUAUUG